CGCCCGAUGUCCAUGAGCGCGAACACCAUGAUCUUCAUGAUUCUGGGGGCGUCGAUCGUGAUGGCCAUCGCGUGCUUGAUGGACAUGAACGCACUGCUGGACCGUUUCCACAACUACAUCCUCCCGCACCUGCGGGGCGAGGACCGCGUCUGCCACUGCAACUGUGGCCGGCACCACAUCCACUACGUGAUCCCUUACGACGGGGACCAGUCGGUGGUGGACGCCUCCGAGAACUACUUCGUGACAGACAACGUCACCAAGCAGGAGAUCGACCUCAUGUUGGGGCUGCUGCUCGGCUUCUGCAUCAGCUGGUUCCUGGUGUGGAUGGACGGCGUCCUGCACUGCGCUGUGCGCGCCUGGAGGGCCGGCCGGCGCUACGACGGCUCGUGGACCUGGCUGCCCAAGCUUUGCAGCCUGCGGGAGCUGGGCCGGCGGCCGCACAGACCCUUCGAGGAGGCGGCCGGCAACAUGGUGCACGUGAAGCAGAAACUCUACCACAACGGCCACCCGAGCCCGCGGCACCUCUGAGCCGCGCGCAAGACUCGCGGGGCCUUCGGCCAACGCGCCCACGCACACGGGACUGGACGGCCGCCCCGGGCCAGGGCGCCCGCGGCCGCCGGGCGUGUCCAGCGGAAGGUGCUGUCUCCUCUUCUUUUUAUAAAGGGGGUCGGGGCGGGGCAGGCCGCCGG